CGUGAGCAAGGUCACUCGUGGCCAAUCGUGUCCUCGGGAUUUCCUCAGCGCUCUCGUCCUCGUGCCAGUGAGGAUAAAAACCACAUUUCACUCGAACACUUUUAGUAUAUUUUCCACGGGGAGAAUCUCACGAUGCUGCAGCUGUUAUCUUUCCUGGUGGGGAAGUUCUCUCUUCUCUCCAACUUUAAACUUUUUGAGUCCACUUGGUCGGACGCAGAGGACAAGGAGCGCCCAGCGCAGCGGGGCCCCCCGCCGCCCCUCCAGCGAGGAGACCUGCUGGAGGUCCCCAGAAGCCUUUUCACCCACUAUGGCAUUUAUUUAGGCGACAAUAAAGUCGCUCACCUGAUCCCAGACAUCCUCCCUGUGUUCACAAACAACAUGAAGCAGAUCAGUUGUGUCAUAACCAACAAGAGACUCAUCCUCGGCUGCAUGUACAGGUGCGCCUCAGUGCGCGUGGACACUUUGGAGGACUUUGCCUAUGGUGACAAAAUAGUUGUUAACCGUAUGGAUAAAAUGAUGAAGAAGCCAGCAUUAAACAAUGAGCAUGUCGCCAAGAGAGCAGAGAAACUCAUCGGAACAAUCCCGUAUAGUCUGCUGUGGAAUAACUGCGAACACUUUGUGACAUACUGCAGAUACGGAUGUGCAGCGAGUCGGCAAACAGAGAAGUUCUGUGAGUGUCUAAAAUCAAUAAUCAGAGACCAGCGGAGCGUCAUUGCUACAGGACUGCUUGGAAUGAUCUCUAUUGUGUGUUUCGGCAUGGCACCUUUGACUACAUUACCCACAAUUCUUAUUCCCUUCACGCUGUGGAUGGCUGGUUAAACAUGAGCUCAGCAAAAAGACCUGCAAUCAAACUGAACUGUACUUUUACUCAGCAAAUACUGACGGAAACAUCAGGGCAGCAUUUCGUCUGCACUCCAUGUCUCCAGUGCCUUAUGAAAAUGCUUGGUACUCUCAUCUUACUAUGUAAUGAAUGUUGUCUGUUUUGUCUCGUUAUAUGUAUGAAUACUUUACUAUAUGCCUUAUAUGUGUGUGCUCAUAAAACUGGAAGUAAAUGUUAAUUCUUUAUAAAUGAAUAUAGUUUGUGAUUCAUUUUCCCUAACAUUCAUGCUUACCACAAAAGUGACUAUACAAUGACGAAAUGAGGAUAACUGACUAUUUCUUGUAUGUAAAGUUGAUGUUUUAUAGUAGCAUACUUAAUAUAAUGUUGUAAAUAUGACAAAUGUUUAAUAAACAUUUUAU